GAAAGAAACCAAAACACGAAUAAGUGAAGAAAACUCUGUGGGAUCUAACGAUGCUGAAAAUGAUGAACAACCUGGUGUGUCGAGGCUAAACAAAAUAACAAAUCCAAAUGAAAGUGAAGUGAUUAUUUCUCCAAUUGAAGCUAAUCCUCCAAUUGAAAUGGGUUCCACCCAGCUGUAUGGAAAAAAUUAUGAAGAAGAUAUGGUUCACUUAAAAGACAACAUUUAUUGUCGGAAAAUUGUUUAUGACAGUGCAUUAGGAUCAUCUUUCAAGGCAUCUCAUCUGGCCAGACGUCUUAUUGAGGGUGUUUUUAAAUUGGAAGCCAUUUUAACAUGCACACUUUCUGGCCAACCCCCAAAGGCACAAGGGGAAGAGAGGAGAAACAAAAAAUACGGUGCAUUGAACGGUGAAGCUCGGAAAGCUUUAACAGAUUUCUGUACCGAAUAUUCACAAAAAAGAGGAUGGACCCCGCAAACUCCAUAUGAAAUAAACCGCACUAUGGCCCAGAAAAUAGGAGAAAUAAAAAGACAACAUAAAAAAACAAUGUGAGCUUAAGAACAACAAUG